AUGUUUUGCAUCUGUGGAACGUUAAUCUAUGUGAAGUCAAACAGCACCAAGGUGGAGUGCCCGAGAUGCAAGAGAGAAAACUCUGUCGACAUGAUAAAGCCCAUUCACACCGAAGUGGAGGUCCAGAGAGAUUCACAUGUGGAGGCCAUUGAUGUUUCUGGUGCCAAGAUCAAGCAUAGAUGCCCUGCUUGUGGCUCUGAGGAGAUGAUGUACAACACUGCACAGCUAAGGUCGACUGACGAGGGACAAACUGUAUUCUACUCCUGCGAGUGUGGCCACAGAAUCACAGUCCAGUCAUGA